GGUACCUCUUCGGGCCUCAGUAUACCUCGACGGGUCGCAAGAAAUCCACUGGGUACCGUCGGAAAAGCGCGAAACUAAGUUCGUCAAACUUCGCCGUUGGAACCACGCUUCUUGCGAGUUUUUUGUUUUUUUGCGUGUUCUUGAGUGGCAGAUCAAGGAUACAGUGUUGGGUGCAUCCAGUUUUCGAUUGGGGGUUCUAGUUGUGACUGAGUGGCCGCUACAGUUUGGACCGGGUGACGUUUAAUCGAGAAAAAAUGCUGUUUACGGGAGUUCCGUGAUUCGGGCGGCCAUUUUGCAUUCCAAUCAGAAGAGAGACGGAAGAAAGAAGAGAAGGCGAAGAUUGAACCCGAAGAUGAAGACAUGCUGAUGCGGUCCAGUCUGGAUAGGACGUAAUAUGUUGCUGCCAGCGAAAUUUGCAACGUUUCUGCUUCUACUUGCGCUCGUGGCUGGGCAGGGACCUGGAUCGGGACUAAAGGCUGCUCCACCACAUCCAGAUGAUCGGAAAAACCCCUCAACAAAAUAUCUGUUCCAAGCAAAUUUCUUUGAAGAGCCAUCCCUAUUGAACAUGGUUGAGCUAAAGUCAAAUUCCCCACCUGACACUCUAUCCAGUUAUCUGGAAAGAUUCCAGUACAACCUGAUUAGUUCCAAUGGGUUUUUGGGGAUGGGGCCAAAUGAAGGUCGAAUUGUACAUCUGGGGCGUUCAGCAAGACAAAUUCGCAGCAGGCCUGUUGAGGUACUUUCGAGUCCAGAAAGGCUCCAGAGUAGCGCAGCUGACGCUUUUGGGAAUCCCGAGCAGAUGCAGAGCAGGGCUGUUGACACCCGGGUGACAUUCGAGAUUCCCGAAGGGGAGCCGAAGGGCACUCGGGUGGGGAAAAUUCCAACUAAGCCGGGAUUUACCUAUAGAUUCAAUGAGGCGCCCAAAGAGUUUGUGCUAGAUCCAAAGAGCGGCGAAAUCGCCACCAAUCAGGCGCUGGACCGGGAAAUAUUGACCAAUGACCGCUACGACUUAGUGGUGUUGUCCAGCCAACCGACCUACCCGAUCGAAGUGCGUAUUUUCGUGACGGACGUCAAUGACAAUUCGCCGGAGUUUCCCGAAAGCUCGAUCGGCAUCAGUUUUUCGGAGAGCGCAGUAGCCGGCACGCGAUCGCUUUUGGACGUGGCAACCGAUCGCGAUUCGGGCAAGUUCGGUGUCAGCGACAACUAUCGGAUCGUGGCCGGUAACGAGAACAACAAGUUCCGAUUGGUUGUGACUACGAAUCCCAGUGGCGACUCAUCGUACCUACAUUUGGAAACUACCGGCAAACUUGACAGGGAAACUCAGGGCGUUUAUGCGUUGAAUAUCAGCGCACAGGAUGGCGGAAAUCCUCCAAGGUUCGGGUACUUGCAAGUGAACGUCACAGUGCUUGAUGUCAACGACAAUCCGCCGAUAUUCGACCACAGCGACUACAUUGUCAGUCUAAACGAAAGUGCGCCUCCCGGCACUCCAGUGUUGCGCGUUACCGCCACUGAUAACGAUCUUGGGGAUAACGCCAAAGUGACGUACUACUUGGACGAUGACGUCGUGCAGUUCGGCGUCGAUCCAGAGACCGGCGCAGUUUCCACUACGGAACCACUAAAUUGCCCAAUUCAGAAUUGUCAGGUGCAAAAGUCAGGGGCGGGGUGCCCAAAAAGUUGCGUGUUUACGGUAUUCGCCCGCGAUCACGGUAUACCGCGACAGGACGGCCGGACUUAUGUGACAGUGAACCUGCUGGACGCCAAUGACCACAGUCCAGUCAUCAAAUUUCGGUACUUUCCACCAACGGCCAGUUUCGCCACUGUGGACGAAAAUGCCGGCAAUGGGUCCGUAGUGGCUGCCGUUUCCGUUGUGGACCAGGACGAAGGUCUGAAUGGGGAAACGACGGUGAGGAUUCUAGCGGGCAAUGAGCGCAAUCAUUUCCGUCUGGACUCAACGCCCAGUUUCGACAUUGUCCGAGUCAGUGGCGUGCUGGACCGAGAAGAAAUUUCCGUGUACAACUUGACAGUGGCCGCCACUGAUAAAGGGAACCCCCCGCGCACUGCCACUGCCUUCUUGGUGAUUCAUGUGAAUGACGUCAACGAUCACGAGCCAGUGUUCGAGAAGACCGAGUAUGGGGCUGUUCUGAGCGAGCUGGCACCUCCGGGUACUUUUGUGGCCGCUGUCGCCGCCUCGGACGAGGACAGCGGCGUUAAUGCGCAAGUUCACUAUGCGUGCCUGUCCGGCAACGAGAACGGCUGGUUUGAAGUGCAACAGGACACAGGCCUGGUCACGACCAAAAGUGCUCUGGAUCGUGAGCUGCAGGGCACUGUGGAGUUGAAUAUUUCCGCCAUGGAUGGAGGUCCAAAUCCACGAUGGGCAUUCACUCAGCUAAAGAUCACCAUACUGGAUGAGAACGACCAGGCGCCCCAGUUUUCCCAGGACAAUAUCGACGUGGCGCUUUCUGAGGACGCUCCCCCAGGCACUCUGGUUGCCAUGCUAACGGCCGUCGAUAAGGACCAGGGAACCAAUGGGAGCGUGUCCUAUUUGUUGCACUCCGGCCUGGACGACGCCUUCCAGCUUGACGGCCUAACUGGUCAGCUGACUACUAAACGGCGCCUGGAUCGAGAGAAAGUCUCCAACUACACGAUCCGGGUGGUGGCACGCGAUCAAGGCAACCCGCCUCAAAGCAGCACUGCCACCGUCCAACUCCAGGUUCUGGAUGAGAACGACAACUCGCCGGAAUUCUAUCCUAAGUACUACUUUGCCCCCGUUUCGGAAGACUUAGCUCCUGGCGCUAUCAUCGUCAGGGUCAGGGCGGUGGAUCGUGACGACGGCGUCAACGCGCUGGUCACCUACCAUCUAGAGGAGCCUACACAGGAGGAGUUUUUCGCCAUUGAUCCCAACUCGGGAGGCCUCACGCUCAAAAAGCUGUUCCCCAAGUCACUAGUCAAGCUGCAAGUGUCUGCUAGAGAUCACGGCGGGCGUCGCAGUGUAGAGGACGCAGUGGUGGAGGUCGUUAAGGAGAACUACGUGGAGGAGCUAAGCUUUGAGAGCUACGGGUACGAGUUUCGCAUUGUCGAAGAUCCAGAUGAUGCAGCGUCGUUUAAAAGUCGCAAAGUGGGAGCCGUCAGUGUACGAAACAGUGCAGCCACCUACACCAUUGUCUACGGUGAUCCUCACGGCAUUUUCCGCAUCGACGGCAACACUGGCAACAUUGCAACUGCGCAGAAAGUCGACUGCGAGCUGCAAAGCACGUACACGUUGAACGUUGUUGCGCGCCAUGGACUCAGCUAUGGCAAUGCCACUGUGAAAAUAUCGGUAGCUGAUCUCAACGACCAUCAGCCUGACUUUGUGCGUGCGAAGGACGAGAUUUCAUUGGACGAAAACGCGGCCGUGGGUCAAGAAGUGUACUUUGCCAGAGCGCGCGAUUUGGACGCUGGAGAAAACGGGCGAAUCAGCUACGAGCUCAGCUAUAAUCCAGGAGAAGUGUUUCGGAUUGCCACCGCUACCGGAGCGUUGUAUCUGAAUCGGCCAAUCAGCGCCGAGCCCGGCUCGGACCUGGUCGUUACGAUUACCGCCACCGAUUCCGGUUCACCGCGACUCUCAGCCACGAUGCGCCUGCGCGUUACAGUAGCUGACGUCAACGACCAUACGCCCGCCUUUGACCACACGUCCUAUGAAACGUCGCUGUCGGAAUUGACGAAAGUGAACGAACGGUUUUUCGCAGUGGCCGCGAGCGACCCAGAUCUAGCCGAUAAUGGCCGAAUCAGCUACACGAUCAGUGACGGCGACGCUGAGGGAGUGUUCGGUAUUUUCCCGGACGGAUUUCUGUUCUUGCGCAAGACGCUGGAUCGGGAGAAUCGAGACUACUACGCCCUUGAAGUGACAGCCACGGAUUUGGGAGAGUGCGCAAGAUCUUCAACCGUGCCAGUGGUGGUGCAUGUGGUGGAUGAAAACGACAACGCCCCCCGUUUCACCAAUGAAACGUUUGCGAUGGAAGUGGGCGAAAAUCAACCUGUGGGCACAUUUGUGGGCAAACUGACAGCGACGGAUAAGGAUAUCGGUCGAAACGCAGAACUGAUUUUCGCCCUUUCGCGGCUCCAAAACGACUUUUCCAUCGACCCGAAGAAUGGAUUUCUCAGAACAAGGAGAGUGUUUGACCGAGAGGAGUUGGUGCGUCACGGAGAUGGCGCUUUCGUCGCCCUGGACGUCACCGUCAUGGACAAUGGCACCCCGCGUCUCAAGGACAAGGUCAAGGUUGUUGUCAAAGUGACGGACGAAAAUGACAACGCUCCCCGUUUCCUGCGCACUCCCUACAAAGUCCAAGUAUCAGAAGGUAGCGCUACGGGCGCUCAGAUUCUGAGGCUGUUUGCUCAAGAUGCUGACGAGGGGCUCAACGGGGACGUUUACUACUCAAUUCUGGGCGGAAACGAUGAUGGCAAGUUCGAAAUCGAAGAGACCACAGGUCAAAUCGUGCUCAGCGGCCAGCUGGACCGGGAAACCACCUCAAAGUACACUCUUAUCGUGCAAGCGCGAGAUGAAGGUUUGGUUCAACUUUUCACUACAACCAGUGUAGAGGUUCAGGUUUUGGAUGAGAAUGACAACGCACCUGAGUUUGCACAGACGACUACGAAAAUCUCAGUGAGCGAGUCAACCAAGGCCGGCACUGAGCUCAUCCGAUUCAAGGCCACCGAUGGGGACUUGGGAGUCAACUCAGAAGUGUCCUAUUCGAUAACUUGGGGCAAUCGCAAGGACGUAUUUUUCAUAGAUAAAAGCAGUGGAUCGCUGUUUCUCCACAAGCCUCUGGACUACGAAGAUGUUCCUUCAUACGUCUUGAAUAUUACUGCCAUGGAUAAUGGAAGCCCGCGACUGUAUUCCUCCAUUUUGUUUUCCGUUGCUGUAGAGGACGCCAAUGACAAUCCCCCAUCCUUUCCUAGCACUGCCAUUGUGCGCCAACUGAAGGAAGGGAUCCCGGUGCGCACGCCAGUUGUCACAGUGACAGCUAGUGAUCCGGACUCUGGACUCAAUGGGAAUAUAACAUAUUCGAUUUCCAACCAAGAUCCCGACGACUCUAAUCGACAUUUUGGGAUCAAUCCUAUCACAGGGGUGAUUCACACGCUGCGAGCCAUCGAUCGGGAAACAAUCGACUAUUUCCGGCUAACGGUCGUGGCAACGGACAUGGCCGAACCCCCAUCCAGUCGUCUGAGUGCCGAAAAGUUGGUAACCGUGAUUGUCGAAGACAUUAACGAUAACCUGCCGAUUUUCGUGUCAAUGAACGCGGCAAUUUUAUCAAUACGCGACAUUGACCGACCAUCAAUAACCGUCACCACGGUGUACGCACGCGACAUCGAUUCAGCUACCAACGGCUUAGUGACUUACGAAUUGCUGAGCGAUCCUAGCGACGCGUUCGCAUUGGAUCAGAGUUCGGGAGUGUUGCGCCUGCGGAUACCACUCACCAAUCCCGAGCCUACUUAUCGGCUGAGCGUCAAAGCCACUGACGAGGCUGUCCAAUCGGAGCGCAGAAGUUCCGAAGCCUACAUUACGAUCAUAACCGAACGCGAUGUGACCGGGCCCAAAUUUGACAGUUCGGGCUUUUCCGGCAGUGUUUUCGAAAACGAACCGCCCGGUACGUCAAUUCUCACAGUGUCAAUCAGUGCCAAUAUCGAUGUAGAGUACUACAUUACCAAUGUGACGGGAAAUGGGGCGCAAGUUGAUCGACUGUUUGAGAUCGACACCAAACUUGGUGUGCUGUCAACUGCCGUAGAGCUGGAUCGAGAGGCAGGAAUAGACACUUAUGUGGUGGAAGUCUACGCAGUUGUGAUUGGGGCUGGAGGCGCAAAAACUUCCAAAACAAAGGUGGAAAUCACUGUCCUGGACAAAAAUGACAGUCCGCCAUCGUUCGCGUCCGCCCCCCUCCACUACACGGUGUCCGAGGAAUUCGGCCCGGGACAGACCGUGUCCACUAUCCGGGCUGAAGAUCCCGACACUAUUGGUCAGCUCGAGUACAAAAUCCUGGGUGGGGAUGAUGGCAAGUUUGGAUUGGACAGCGAUAGCGGCGUUCUGAAGCUAACGGACAGCCUGGACCGGGAGACUAAGGACGUGUACCGGCUGUCCGUGAGAUGCAGCGAUGGGCAACAAUAUACCGAUACUGUGGUGACGAUUGAGGUUAGCGAUUCCAACGAUAAUCCGCCAGUUUUCUUGGAACAGGCCUAUUCGUUCGAUAUUCCGGAAAAUGCAAUGCGUGGCUUUCGAGUGGGGCAAAUCCAGGCUGCCGACGCUGACUUGGGCGCGAAUGCUCAGCUCACCUUCACAGUGAUCAGCGACUGGGCUAAUGACGUGUUUUCGCUCAAUCCCCAAACCGGAGUGUUCACUUUGACCUCGAAACUGGACUAUGAGGAGGUGCAGCACUACAUUUUGGUGGUUCAAGCUCAAGACUCUGGCAUCCAUCCACUAAGCAGCACUUUGACGGUCUACUGUAACGUGUUGGACUUGAACGACAAUUCGCCCAUAUUCGACCCAAUGUCGUACAGUAACGACGUGUUCGAGAACAUCACUAUCGGCAGCGAAAUUGUGACUGUUAGCGCAACUGAUCUGGAUUCUGGUGAGAAUGGAAAAAUCGCCUACAACAUCACAGGAGGCGACCCAAACAACGACUUCCGCAUUGCUCAGAACGGAACCAUAACCACAAUACGGCACUUGGACAGAGAGACAAUCAGCCUCUACAAUCUGAUCGUGACCGCUACCGAUCAAGCUAUGGAGCCUCAGAAGCGACUGUCUUCGACCGUGCAGGUCACUGUCAUCGUCAAGGACGUGAACGACAUGGCGCCGGAAUUCGUUACGCCCAAUGAAACAGCCGUCAUAGAAAAUAUCGCGAAGAACAGCAUGGUUAUGGCCAUUAAGGCAAUUGAUAAAGACGAGGGCAGGAACGGCUACAUUGAGUACUCGCUGUCACAGAAUCCAGUGUUUUCAUUGGGGUCGGUAGAUGGGGUGCUGCGUGUCAGCGGUCCGAUUGAUCGUGAGCUGCGCAACAACUACACGGUGAUGGUCACCGCACGGGACCGCGGUGAACCACCGAAAAGCGCCAAUAUGUCGCUACUGGUACGCAUUUUGGAUGAAAAUGACAACAGCCCUAUAUUUGAUCCGAAGCAAUACAGCGCAACUGUAGCGGAGAACGCUUCGAUUGGUGCAAUGGUUUUACGGGUUUCAGCCACUGACGUAGAUGACGGCCUAAAUGGGCGUGUCCGCUACUCGAUAAGUCAUGGGGACACCAAUCGCGACUUCAGCAUUGCGGAGGACACUGGUAUUGUGCGCGUUGCCAAAAACCUCAACUUUGAGCGCACCUCCAGAUAUGUCCUCACCGUUAAGGGGGAGGACUGCGCGGGUGAUGUGAGCGAGGGCGUCGUGAGGUCUGAUACAGCCAUAAUCACUAUUUUGGUGUCCGAUAUUAAUGACAAUCCCCCCACUUUCCUUGAUUCCCCAUACUUGGCUUACGUUACCGAGAAUGUGGUGCCUCCUAAUGGCGGUUACGUCAUCACAGUUAAGGCCUACGACGCAGACACGCCUCCUUUCAACAAUUUGGUUAGAUACUUCAUCAAAGAGGGCGACACGGAUAUUUUCCGAAUCAACGCAUCAACGGGGGAUAUUUCGCUGUUGAGAGCCUUGGACCGAGAGGCUCAGGACGAGUAUGUUCUGAGCCUGGUUGCCAUGGAUACCGGUUCGCCACCGUUGACCGGCACCGGGACGCUGCGCAUCGUCGUCCAGGACGUGAAUGACCACAGUCCGGAAUUCAAGCGGCAGUCGUACCAAACAUCCAUCAAGGAGAAUUCUCCUAUCGGAUCUUGGGUGUUGACCAUUGCGGCCACGGAUCGAGACAUCGGGCUGAACGGACAGAUCCGCUACAGUCUGUUGGGGGAGAAAAUUGAAGGGUUUAAGGUGGACCAGGAUACUGGAGUGAUCACAACCAGCACUCCUUUGGACCGGGAAACGACUGCGUCGUACUUCCUUACAUUGAUUGCGCAGGAUUGUUCGCUGACAGAGCCCAGGGCUGCGGCAGUAAACUUAACUAUCGACGUUUUGGAUGAAAAUGACAACUCUCCAGUGUUUGCCUUCAGCAAAUAUGAAGUUUACAUCUCGGACCAGACUAGAGCGGCGGACUUUGUGUUCGGAGCGAGAGCAACCGACGAAGACUCCGGCAUGUUCAGCACCAUCUUCUACACAUUGAUCGGCGAGCAUGCGCAGAACUUCACCAUAGACACCAAGACAGGAGUAAUUCGUGCGCUCUACGACCUGCAGCGCUCGUCCACCCGAAUGUUCAACCUGGAAAUUGAGGCUCGGGAUGGAGGCAGACCGCCCAGGAAAACCAGCACGGAACUGAAGGUUCACUUGAAACCAGGCGAUUUAUUCCCUCGCUGGAGUUCUCCAGGGAAGACCAACUUUAUUCUGUCCGAAAACGUGGAGGCAGGAAAAGUGUUUGCUCGAUUCAAGGCCACUUCCCCCAAAAAGGGCCCCAGUGGGGACGUCAAGUAUGCGAUCGCAGGCGGCAAUGUGGGCGAAUCGUUGAAAAUUGAUCGCAAUUCCGGGGAAAUUCAAAUUUGGGGCAACGGAUUAGACUAUGAAACCGCUCAGACCUACCGGGUGUGGAUCGAGGCGCAGGACAGCGACUUGCCUCCUUUGCGCAGCGUUCUUUCGUUGACCAUCAACGUGACUGACUUUAACGACAAUCCGCCCGUUAUGAAGAGCCAGCUUUACAACGCUACCGUUAUGGAAGAGGAAUUUCCGCCGCUUCUCGUGGCUGAAAUCAGCGCUUCCGACCGCGAUUCAGGAGAGAAUGGCCAAAUUACCUUUAAGCUUAUGGAUGACUUUGAGGGCGCUUUUGAAAUAGACGCCAACACUGGAGAGAUUUACACUCAAUCGAAGUUGGACAGAGAGAGUGUGGCUAGUUAUGAGCUCACAGUGGUCGCUGAGGACCAGGGGGUGCCGCAACUGACUGGCACCACCACAGUCCUGGUCACUGUCCUGGACAAGAACGACAACCCGCCCCGAUUUACGCGGCUGUUUAGCGUCAACGUAACGGAGAACGCAGAAAUCGGCUCGUUUGUAAUAAAAGUGACAAGUUCCGAUCUGGACUUGGGCGAGAACGCCAACGCCACCUACAGUUUCGUUGAAAAUCCCGGCGAGAAGUUCAAAAUCGACGCAAUCAGCGGAAAUGUGACCGUAAUAGGUCACUUGGAUAGAGAGCAACAGGACGAAUACCUGUUGAAGGUGGCAGCAGUGGACGAUGCGUGGCGCUCAGAAACGCCGCUCACCAUCACCAUCCAGGAUCAGAACGACAACGCGCCUGAGUUUGAACACUCAUACUACAGCUUCAAUUUCCCUGAGCUGCAGCGUUCUGUUGUGUCUGUGGGACAGGUGCUGGCCACGGAUCGGGACAAGCAAGGGCCUAACUCGGUGAUCAGCUAUAGUCUGCAGCAGCCUUCCGAUCUGUUUAGCGUCGACCCGGCUUCUGGCGAGAUCAUGAGCAAGCAGAGCAUCAGGUAUAAAUACACCAAAAUGGAGCUGUCGCCUGAAAACACCUACUCUCUUACCAUCCUGGCAACGGACAACGGAAAGCCGCCGAUGUCUUCUGAAUGCGCCGUUACUGUAAACGUCGUGGACGCCAACAAUAACGCUCCGCAGUUUGAGCAACGCGAUUUUCUCGUUCCGGUGCCCGAAGACGCCCCUCCAGGCCAGAAGCUGCUGCAACUAGUGGCUAAGGAUGAGUUCGAUGUUGGCGUCAAUGCAGAAGUGGAGUACUCGAUCGCGUCAGGCAACAGUUCCGGCAAGUUCACGGUGGACCGGGUGGACGGCUGGAUUACCUUAAAGGAAAAGGUGCGUGGCGCUGGUCAAGUCUACACAAUGCGAGUGCGCGCCAUGGACAAGGGCAUACCUCCUCAAGCGGACACAGUGUCAGUGACCAUGGUAGUGACCGGCGACAACCAAUUCGCGCCCGUUUUCAACUCUCUGAGCUACCAGGUGAUAGUGCCGGAAAACGAGCCACUAGGCACUGUCAUUCUACACAUCAACGCAACAGACGAGGAUUCCGGUCCGAACGGGCUUCUGCGCUACGAAAUAGCGGCAGGCAACAACCGAGCGGACUUCGGGAUAGAUGAAGUGACUGGGGCGGUCUCAAUAUUGCGCCCUCUGGACUUUGACACAAUCAACAGAUACGAGUUGAGCGUAGUGGCGCGGGAUUUAGGAUUCGCAUCAAAGCGUGCGAGUGCCGUGCUAGUGAUCACAUUGACAGAUGUCAACGACAACAGUCCGGAGUUCGAGCGAGUGGUUUACGAGGCCUUUUUGAAGGAAAAUCGACCGGAAGGCGAGCUUCUGUGCCAGGUGGUUGCCAAAGAUCGCGACUCACCGAGAAACGCCAUAAUUGUCUACUCCAUCGCUGAAGGUCCAGACAAGGACUUCUUUUUCAUUGACGCAAAGUCCGGCAAAAUAACGUCCAAACUGUCGUUCGACUAUGAGGAGAAGAGCGAAUACUCACUGAAGAUUGUGGCAGCCAAUCCAGAUUCGCCGAUGUUUGGCGAGACUCACGUCAACGUCCACAUCGUAGGCGUGAACGAGUUUUACCCAAAGUUCGUCCAGUCCGCUUUCCACUUCGACGUGUCCGAGAGUACAGAGAUCGGAACUGUGAUUGGAACGGUCUUGGCCACCGAUCAAGACUCCGGCGAAGAUGGCCGAGUUUACUAUCUUCUAGUUGGUUCUAGCAAUGAUCGAGGGUUUAUCAUCAAUGGCGAGUCGGGCGCAAUAAGUGUGUCUCGAAAUCUGGACCGAGAGACGCAGAAUCGCGUCAUUUUAACGGUGAUGGCAAAGAACGCUGGCGGAAUCCGGGGAAAUGACACCGAUGAGGCGCAGGUCAUUGUCACUGUGCAGGACGGCAACGACCCUCCCGAAUUUCUUCAACUUAUCUAUCGGGCAGAGGUUUCGGAAGCGGCGCCCAUUGGUACCAAGGUGAGCAGCGUCAAGGCAGUGGACAAAGACGUGCGCUACCAAAACAACCAGUUCAGUUACUCAAUAAUGGGCGGCAACGUGGACCAAGCCUUCAAAAUCGACCCCCAAUCGGGUGAUAUCCAGACGGCACGCGCUCUGGAUCGAGAGACUAUUUCUGGAUAUUCACUGACUGUAGGCGCGAUUGAUACUGGAUUUCCGCCGCAAACCGGCACUGCAACCGUCCAGAUCGAGGUGCUGGACGUGAACGACAAUGGCCCAAUAUUCGACCCGCCUCAGGUGGUAGGGAGAGUAAUGGAAAACGAGCCUCCUCGCACGAAAGUAAUGGUGCUGAGCGCCAAAGAUCCUGACCUGCCUCCCAACGGGGCUCCAUUCACCUACACGUUAGUGGGGGGCAAGGAGCGGGACUUUGUGCAAAUCGACAAGCGCAGCGGAUCGAUCAUCACCACUCGGAAAAUCGACAGAGAAGUAACUCCAGAGCUGCACCUAGUGGUGGAAGUAGAGGACAGCGGCACCCCGUCAAAGAGGAGUCAACAUCCGGUCAAGAUUGUCGUUUUGGAUGAAAACGACUCGGAGUCCACUCCGAGGUCGGUGCAUCUGGUGGUGCGCACCUUUAGAGGCUUGUUCCCAAGCGGGGUUGUCGCAAAAGUGCAACCCAACGAUCCGGAUAUUACCGGCGACUACAAGUGCAAAAUAUUGCAAAAACCAGCCUCGCCUGAAGUGCUGCGCAUUCUGCAUGGCUGCGAUCUCGAGUUAGUAGACGCGCAAGCUACUUCCACUUCUAGGGGCUACUCAUUGACUGUAUCUGGACACGACGGGAAACACCAAGCGGUCAUAUCGACAGUUACAAUGGAGAUCAGUCAGUUUGACAACGCAACCAUCGAUAACUCGGUAGCUUUAUUGGUCCGAAACAUGACAGCCGUCACGUUCCUGGCCAAUCGCUAUGCGGCAUUUAUGGAUUCUGUGAAGUCCGGCUUGGGGCGGGAGGAAACGCUUGAUCUUUUCAGUCUGCACGACGGCGAGUCGGGCCUGGUGCUGAGCAUGGCGGUAAAAAGUCGCGCCAACUACAAAAGCCAGUUAUACACCAAGGAAAAGUUGCUGAAAAAGCGCGAGGAUUUGAUAGGCCUGUUCCGAAGCGAGGACUUUGUAAUUGGAUACUCCGCCUGCGACGACAACACCUGCGAUAAUGGGGGCAUUUGCACUGAAUCACUGAUUGCCAAGCGCGCUACCAAGACCGUGGAUACUCCGGCGCUGAUAUUUACUGCGCCGUUGCUUCAGCACGAGUCCGCUUGUCGAUGCGCAGACGGUUACGCAGGAGCCACUUGCGCCCAACGUCAAGACCCCUGCUUGCCCAACCCCUGCAAGAACAACGCGCAGUGUCGUCGGCAAGGGUUUGACUAUCAAUGUUUGUGCCCCCACAAUAAGGAUGGCAAGCAAUGUGAGUUAAACAAGGAGGACGCGUGUUCGGAGAACCCCUGUCAAAACGGCGGCACUUGCAAAGAGGGCCCGGAUGGAUCCAGCUUCUUCUGUUUGUGCAGAUCCGGCUAUCGCGGCAACCAAUGCGAGACCCUUUCGGACUCAUGCAGACCAAACCCCUGCCUACACGGGGGCCUUUGCCAAAACCUCAUGCCAGGCUACAACUGCAGUUGCACGGAUGGGCGUUACGGACGCCACUGUGAAAAGUCCACCUGGGGAUUCGGUGAUCUUUCGUUCAUGGCUUUCCCCACGCUGGAUGCCGUCACUAACGACAUCACCAUCACUUUUGCCACCACCAAGCCGGAUUCACUUCUCUUGUACAAUUUCGGGCUUCAAACUAUGGGAAGGAGCGACUUUGUUGCCCUCGAACUAGUGCAGGGGCGUGCGGUUUUUAGUUUUGGCGGAGCCCGUAGCGCUAUCAUCUCCAUAACUGCCACCGGUCGUAAUGGUCGUGCCUUGGCCGAUGGAAACUGGCAUCGAAUUACAGCCACCCGCAAUGGAAAAGUGGUGUCGCUGAACGUGGGAAGUUGUGGGGAAAAUGGGGAUUUAUGCGAGGACUGUCGGCCUGGUGAUGGCGGGUGUUACACGGAAAACAGCGGAGAUACUGGCACCCUGAACUUCAACAACCAACCGCUUUUGAUUGGUGGGCUUAACAGCCCCGAUCCGGUCUUGGAGCGCCCAGGGCAAGUGCGCAGUGACGAUUUUGUCGGUUGUCUUCAAGGCGUGUCGAUCAAUGGGCGCGCCUUGAACCUAAGCCGUCCCUUGCAGGCGGAAGGGGUCGUCAACAAAUGUGUGCGCAGCUUGAACUGCGCAAAAAGCCCAGCAGCUAUCGACAGCUGCGCAGGUUUUGGGCAAUGCAUCGACCGUUGGACUCACUCUGUAUGUACUUGCGGGACGGACCUUCUAGUCCCCAACUGUCAAAGCGCUUUGGAAUCCAUCAGCCUGCGAGAUGGCAGUUUUGUGGAACUUCCCAUAACGAAAAAGCACAAACGGAUGCAGCUGCUGGAGAACAUGUACAUGGGCAGCACCCUGUGGUCCCACCAAAGAGCUAGAAGAGCGUCGUCAAGUGUUAGCGACCCUUCAGACCGCAGUGCCAGGUCAUCAGCACUCACGCCCGACAAAACGCUCAGUUUUCUUUUCAAAACUGUCAAGGACAGUGGCUUGCUGCUCUAUGCCACCUCUAACCGGCACUUCACUUCGGUGGAAAUCGUUAAAGGUCGGCUACUCUACAUCAGCAAAACGUCAUCCAUUGUCAACAUGACAGAUAACGAUCGCUAUGUGAACGACGGUGCGUGGCACAAUUUGACGCUCCACAUCAGGCUGCGCAGCCUUCAAGUGAUCUUCGAUGGUAAUCGGUUGGGUGAAGAACUGGAUUCGGCUGGAGUUCAUGACUUCCUCGACCCCUAUUUGACGUACUUGUCACUGGGAGGCGCUCAGCGCGCUUUCUACUACGUGAACGCAAGUUUUCCGCAGUUUUUCCAUGGCUGUCUUUCCAACUUUACCAUCAAUCGCGAGAUUCAACCUUUCGACGGAUCGGGCAGUGUGUUUUCCGAAAUAAUACAAAAAGGCGACGUUGUGGCAGGGUGUAACGGAAUUCUUGGGGCGGGCAAUGCAGCCAUUCAGGAUCCGUUAAGCAUCGGAAUCACCUUGGUGAUUGUGUUUUUCGUGGUGCUUUUGGUGGCCAUUCUGGUCUCAUUUGUUGUGUUCAGGCUGCGCAAGCAGUACAAAGAGAAAACAGGAAGCCCCAAUAGCUCCAAUAACAUUCACUCAAAGCAGAAUGGCGGCCACAGCCUUGGAACAGUUGGCAAGUUUUUUUACAGUUUUCCAUCAAAAUAUGGUCUAAUGGAUUUUCUUAUCUCAGCAGCAAAUGACGGUGUCCUAUCGAGAAAUCUGCACUCAAUGGACAGCUCAAUGACUUAUCACACAGACGGCGAUGUGAUUCGUGGCAUCGGCUGUGACGUGAUUCGUGGGCCGGAGCUGCUGCCGAAGAAGUUCAAAGAGCGCGACAUUCACCAGGGCAAUGAUCUGCCACGGCCCCAGCGGCCGGACAUAAUUGAACGAGAAGUCGUCACUAAAUCUCCGCCAAUGAGAGACGACUUGCACCCGCCCCUUCCGCCUUCGGCCAAUCACGGGCACGAUCACGCCUCCAACGAUAUGGGCGGGGACAUGCCCGAACACUACGACCUUGAGAACGCCAGUAGUAUCGCGCCCUCUGACAUCGACAUUGUGUACCACUACAAAGGAUUCCGGGAGGGUGGCGGAGUGCGGAAGUUCAAGGCUACGCCGACGGGGUACCAUCACAAGCACGGUCCGGCAAACACGCAGGCGCAACACCGGCAUUCGCCCCACCAUCCAAGCGGAUUUGUGCCGCGUGCCCCGCCUGUAGCCACGCCUACAGCUCGCGGCCACCAGUCCACUCCCCUGGCUCGACUCAGCCCCAGCAGCGAAAUGUCGGCGCAGCAGCCGCGCAUCCUCACCCUGCACGACAUCAGCGGGAAACCGUUGCAAAGCGCCCUAUUGGCUACUACAUCGAGUAGUGGGGGUGUGGGCAAGGACGCGUUGCAUAGCAACAGCGAACGCAGCCUUAAUAGUCCGGUUAUGUCCCAGUUAAGCGGACGGAGUAGCAGCAGGAAAACUGCUGCGCCACCGCCUGUUUCUUCAACGUCGCCUGCCAUGGGACUGACCGCGGAAGAAAUCGAGAGACUGAACCAAAGAGCUCGAAAUUCCAGCUUAAUUUCCACGUUGGAGGCCGUUUCCAUUAGUAGCGAGGUUCCACGAGUGGGAGGGAGCAAUCAUUUGAGUAACCAUAUGCGUCACAGUCCAGUGGCGGAGACGCAUAACAGCUCGACUAGUACGGAUGAGAGCGGAAAUGACUCGUUCACCUGCUCGGAGAUUGAAUACGACAAUGCGAGUCUGCCGGGUGACGACAAAUAUAAGCCUAAUGAGAAACAGUCGGGGUGUGGUAGUAAAAGUAACAUUCCGCCUCCAUCCUGUGAUGGGUUUGACUCCUCGUAUCGGGGUUCAAUGAGUACAUUGGUUGCGUCGGAUGACGAGCUAGGAGGGCCCCUCUAUAGAGCGGGAACUGGAAGCCCGCCCAGUACGGCCUUGGGAUGGGACUACCUACUAAAUUGGGGCCCAAAUUUCGAAAGUCUAGCGGGAGUUUUCAAAGACAUUGCCGAGCUACCCGACACGAUGAACAGUCGAGUGCCCAACUCGCUAAGACUGACUAAUAACAAUAAGCCGAGUGAGGAGUAUGUGUGAGAUUUUGUGCCGUAUUUUUGUGCCUAAUAGUCUGAUUGUGCCGUCAAGUUUAGGCCCUGGUGCCAUAUUUUUCACGCUCUCUGGGCGACUUGGAUCCGAACCAGUAUGUUUCCGUUUGGAUAGACAAGUCUGGAGAGCAAACUAUUCUCUUGGAAAAUUGUGUUUCCGCAGGUACAACUUUCCUCAAAGAACAGGUUUUCCAAAAUUGUUCCAUAUAUAGAGCUAGUUCAUAAAUUUCGAACUAGUUCGAACUCUGUGCCAACAGGCUGGUCUCACGGCGACAUGCUAGUUGUCGUGCCAGUUCGAGGUCGCAACUGCGCAACGCCAAUCCCGAAAGACUGUUUUUAAAAAAUUAUCGUGCAAAAUGUAAAUGCAAACCCUUACCAAGACAUCCUUGCAUCAAGGACGUGUUUUCUUGCCAUAUUUUACUGUGUAAUAUUUUUUUACCCUUGAACAAAGAUUACUUCCUAUUGUUAAAAGACUUAUAUCUAUCUAGAAUGUACAUAAAAGUAAAGUCAUUUUUUACUGUAAUAAGUCGUAGAUAGGGAUAUGUAAAAUGUAAAAUAUAACUUCAGAUUCUUAUACUUGAAAGAAGAUAGUUUUAUAA